CGACUUCCACACACUGAACCCGCUUUACUCCGCCUGAUGAACUAGUGAAAAUCAACAAAUGUGCAUUCAGCUUAAACAGUCCCACUUUCUGUUUCCAUGUGUUCACACAUAGACGCAUAAUGGAUUUAAACUCCACGCUCUCAGAGGGAGACUUGGCCGACUUGGGCGCGCUGGCGCAGAGACUCUUUGGGAAUAACUCACUUUUUGCGUUUGAUAACAACACCGCCGCGUCCAAACCAGAGGAGGAAGACCUGGAAGUGAACACGGAUGUUUACUCCAGGGUGAUAGUCACUAUCAUCUACGUGGCCCUGUUCGCUGUGGGCUCUCUGGGGAACUCCAUCACCCUGUACACCCUGCUGACCAAAAAGACCCUGCAGAACCUCCAGAGCACCGUGCACUACCACCUGGCCAGCCUCGCCGUCUCCGACUUGCUGAUCCUCGUGCUCUCCAUGCCCAUCGAGCUCUACAACUUCAUCUGGUUCCACCACCCGUGGGUGUUCGGGGACGCCGUGUGCAGGGGUUACUACUUCCUCCGGGACAGCUGCUCCUACGCCACCGCGCUCAACAUCGCCAGCCUGAGCGUGGAGCGCUACAUGGCCAUCUGCCACCCGUUCAAAGCCAAGAGCAUCAUGUCCCGCAGCCGCACCAAGAAGCUCAUCAGCGCCAUGUGGCUCGCGUCCUUCGCCCUCGCCACGCCGAUGCUCUUCAUCAUGGGCCAGGUGACGCGUAAGAGCGAGAAGAUUUGCACCGCCAUCGUCUCACCUGUCACUAUUAAGACUGUGCUUCAGGUAAAUGCAUUCCUGUCCUUUGUGAUUCCCAUGGUGGCCAUAUCUGCACUGAACGGGGUCAUAGCCAACCAGCUGCUGCGAAUGUUCCGCGAGGCAGAGCAAGAGAACCGUGUGUGCAUCAUCGGAGGAAAUCCCACCAUUCUGAAUGUCACUGUGGAGCCCAACCGCGCUCAGUCGCUUCGGCAUGGAGUUCUUGUUCUCCGAGCGGUGGUAAUUGCCUUUGUGGUCUGCUGGCUACCCUAUCACACACGCCGCCUCAUGUUCUGCUACAUCUCCAACUGGUCCGAUGACUUGUAUGACUUCUACCACUAUUUCUACAUGCUGACCAACGUACUUUUCUACGUCAGCUCGGCCAUCAAUCCCAUCCUCUACAACCUGGUGUCUGCCACCUACCGCCAGAUCUUCUUCUCCACGUUACGGUACUUCUGUGUGCCCUGCCGCCAUACACCCAGGAGGCACCCCCACCCCCUCACCCGCCACUCCAUCAGCAUCUCCAGCAACCACACCCUCUCCACCAACAUCAUCAAAGAGACGGCGUACUGAUUGGGCUGCGAUGGGGCACACUCUCUCAUACUGUAAACCCACCUCGUGGUUACUGAUUCAUUUUCAUCAAUGAAAUUCUGGUACCGGUUUGGAGACUGUUAGCACAGGCUGAUCUGGUACUGGGGUCACCGUCAUUGUCAUGUGCGGUCAAGUGCCCACUGUGGUUUUAUUUCUGAUGCAUAUUUUAUUAUAUGUUAUUGUAAGUGUUUUUAUUUAGUAUAACGUAAUAAAAACACAUUAGUGAAAUCAAAAAACAAAAUAUGACAAUGGAAGGAAAAAAAAGGAAGGACAAGCAGUGAAAGAGUAUCUUUUAAAAUACUGAUAUGUAAAUGUUUUAUACAGUAUAUUUCUAUGUAAGUGUUUUUAUUGGACUUUAGAUCAUUCACACUUGCUUGGUGCUCUAUGGUGUAAAUAACUCCACUAUUUCUGUGUUUUGUAUGCUUUAAUAUUUAACAUUUCGGAACGUACUUUCUCUAGAACACUGGCUUCUGGCUUUCUCCACCGCAAAAGUUCUGAUGUAACCUUCCUUUGUGCUAUUUUGUGUGAGCAUCUGUGGAUAAACCUGGCUUUGAUGUUAGAAGAAAGAGAGGCAGAGAGUAGGUAUUACUCUUUAUUGAAUCCAAGUUGCAGUGACAGCUGUAUAAAUCACUUACAUCAUUACCACUGACUUCUCUUGCCUCUCUUGGCUUUGUCACAAGCAGCUUUUUAAUAACACUUUUUGUUGAAUAGAGGGUGGGUCCAGGUAAUCAUCACACUGCUUAGACUGUAAUAUGAAUGUCUAUUGGAAUUGUUAAUAGAUAACAGUUUUCUGCAUUCACAACAGCCUUUUAAAAAUGUGAAGUGGGUAGACACAGACACGGAGAAGUGAGCAAUUAUUUGGUUAAGGAUUUGUACAAAACAGUAGUGAGCAUGUGGAGCAAAUAACACAUGUUGGAAAUGAAGUGAUGCAUAGACACAAGCAUGCCUACCUGAAAUGUAACAUUGGGUCUGUGGGGGGCCAGAGACAGGAGCACCUGUUCUGAUGUCUCCCCACCAGCUGCUGCUUGAGGAAUCAGUGGCAGGCAGUGAUCUGGGGACUCCAAAGUUUCCUUUAGGAGCAACACGAAGAUGUGAAACAAUCUGGGCUCUCACAUGCUACGGAGAAUUAGCAUUUAUCUAUGAUUCUAAGCAUUUUGAAAGGCCAAGAGAAUGGAGCUUGUAUGAUGAGUCGCUCUCUUAUGAAUGAUGUCGGGUAGCUCAUAACCACAAACUUUACAAACAAUACCAUAGUUUCUAUGCGUAGAGAUUACAGUAGCGAGAAUUAUGAAAAUGAUAGCAAUGGACUUAAAAAGAUGUGGCACUGAACGGAAUCAGGGGUUUUGCAGGAUUGUGCAAUAUUGACGGUUUUGUCUGGCAUCUACCGUACACUACUAAUUUCUGCCAUGUAAGAUUAAUCGUCCACCCUGUUAUUGACUGUAUUGAUUACAAACUUGAGCCACUGUAUAAGCAAAUUGUAAAAUAGAAGCAGAACUACUUUAAUAAUCCCUUUAAUGAGUGAAAGAAAUUUUUUUUUUCACUCAUUUAUUCUUUUCAGUUAUACACAAAUAACCCUGAAAUACACUCCCAGGAGCCAUAGACAUGCAUUUUAAUGGUUCAUCAUAAUCAUAUUAUUCGAAAUGUUUUCCUUUCUAGAAAAUAAAUGGACUAGCAGUGACUUGUUGCUUGUAUUGUCAGUAUUCUGAAGUCUAGGCGUGCACAGUAUGUAAGAGUAAUGCUUUCUCCAUGCGUGCACCCGCAGAGAACAUGUAACUUACAAUUUAUAUUAUGUGAAUGUGCUUCUGCAGAAGUUGGCUUGCUUUAAUAUAAACAAAUGGGAUGAAUGAAUCAACACUUGACCAUUUUAUUCACAAGGGUUUUACUUAAUUUUAUGAGAGAAGCUUCUAUACACUUAUUUCAAUUUGCUGCAAAAGGAAAUCAAUGUAUUUCAUUAUAAUAGGCUGUAGUGAUUACGUUACUAUGAAGUCCUACUUUAUAAUUUUUUAUUAUGUAGCCUGUUUUUAUGUUUACCAGGCUAAACACCAAAAGUUGAGGAGAUGUACUGUGAGUGUAUACAAAGUCCCAUGAAAGAGUGGAGUCAAUUUAGCAGAUUAUAAAAGCAUCUGCUGCAAUGAUAGAAGCUCUGUAAGGCUGUACUUAGGCACAAAAAUGCAUCUGGGGCUGAUUCAUAGUAUUGGACAAAUUGAAAUUGACUGCAAAUCAUCCUGAGGGGAACAUGAAUAUCCGUACCAAAUUUUAUGAAAAAUGAGUAUUUGUAUACAUUUGCCAAUCCAUCUAGUAGAUGAUUUGAUAUUUCACAAGAAUACUUUGACAUACUGGUGGCAUUAGAGGAAAAGUCAGGAGAUCACCAAAAUCACCAGGGCUCAUGACCAACAUUGCCAUCCAUAGUGCUACAGAGAUGUUCUUGUCCGCCAAACCUGGAAUUGAGCAUCACCCUGGUUCCUUUGACAAAAGUCAAUGGGAUGGAUUUUGGAUUAUUGCAGAAAAAAAACUGUGGCAAACAAAGGUUUAUGAUACAUUUUUAGUUUUUUCACAGAUGAAGAUUGUGAUUCUAGAAGUAAAAAGUUAACAUCAGGCAAUAAACUACACUACGGUCACAUGACCACUUCCAACUUGUAAGUAAAAAUUGAAAUUAAAUCCUACAAGUUGUAAAGUUUGAGUUAGUUAGUUUGAAUAGUUUGCAUUAGUGAGUAGAUAAGUCUUCGUGUUUGGCACGCUGACAUUGUCAUGACAACCUCUGUAGUCUCUUUUAGCCACUUGUUAGCAACCACCUUUUUUAAGACACUCAUUCACUGAUGUGUUUUAUGUUGCAGAAUAAAACUUGAAAAUCUCUUACUCUUGUGUUAACCAAAGACCUUACUUCAGGAAAAACCCAUUCAAAGAACCCAUUGACUUGGCAGCAAGGGAACCGGAAGUGCAAAAAUGCUAACUCAUUUCUGAGUUUUAGGACUCAUUCCUAAAGCACUCUAUAGAGGCAUGUUGCUAGCAUGGGUAAUCUAUAAAAAAAUUUUUAAAAAAAUUCUACAGUGGUGUGAAGGGUAUUUUCUACCUUGAUGCAUUACGAUAGCUUUUGCCCACUGAACCUCGCAAAGUGCCCCAGUUUUAGUGUUGAAAAUAUUUGACACUGUUCCUGAUGAUAAAACAGCAGUACAUUUUCAAAAAAAGCUCAGCCGCUAUGUAUUGUUUUUAUCAUACCAUGACUGGUCAUUUUUAACUUUUUGUAUUUAAUAUUAGUGACGGUUACUAGCUAUGCUUUGUAUUGGUUGAUGUGGCUCUGUGUUCUUGUACAGUAUCUGUGUAGUUGUUAAAUCUGUUGAAGCUUUAGCCACUCCUUUAGAACUUAAAUCAACCCAACAUCAACCUCCCCAGUCCACAGAUCCACCAGACAGCCGCAUUGAAUGAAAUACAUGAAAAAACACUGUAUAGCCCUUUAAUGUUGCAAACCAUUCAAACUGCAAAUGCAGUUAGAAAUCUGUUUUUUGUACUCUUCUGUACAGACCUGUACAUGAAUAUUGUAACCUGAAUGUGUCUUGGCCUAGUUUUCAUUGAGAUCAGCCAUGUUUAACUGUAUAUCACACAUUUCUCAAACAAUGUUAUUUCAUUUCAUUCUAAAAAGAAAUAAUAAAAGAAUGAAGAUAUACAACA